AUGCGUAUUCUAUUUUUUGUCACUGCACACAACUCGCUCUCUCAGCGCGUUUAUACAGCGCUGACUGAUGCCACCUAUGGUCAUCAUAUUUCGGUCGAAUAUGCCACGUCGGCCGAAGCAAUGAUAGAGGCUGCUGAGCUAGCAAAACCAGACAUUAUCCUCUGCCCAUUUUUAACUCGCAAGGUUCCUCAAGAAGUUUAUGAAAAGUACCUCACGCUCAUCGUUCAUCCGGGUGCUCCAGGGGACGCUGGUCCCAGCGCACUCGACUGGGUUUUGAUGGGUGACACGGGUUUAUUGACGUCUGCCCCUGAAACUCUUGCUCGCGUGGCCUCGGCGCCUCUUCCAUCCAAGCCGCGAUCUCACUGGGCCGUGACCGUGCUCCAAGCUGAAGAAGAGUUCGACAAGGGCCCCGUAUGGGCCUGGGAACAGUUCGAACUCCCACAAACUGCAGAGGUUGAUGGACUAGCCUAUGCAACAAUCACCAAGGCGGGGCUUUACCGCGCCCAUGUCACGCGUGCGGCGUUGACAGCUGUAUUAGCGGCGCUAGAACGUAUUGAAGCUGCCAGUGUUCAAAGGGCUGCCCAUGACCUCAAUGCCGAAACGGCUUCCCAAACACCCGAUUUGCCAUCCAAUCCAACUUCACAUGCCGUGGACGAGACUAAUCCGUCUAUCGAGCCCUUGAAUCCGAAAUUCCCGGUCGACCUUUCUCCCCCUGAUGAGGCCAAGUUUUCAGUUACUCUCAAGGCCCCGUUCUUGGGAAAUGAGACCCAUUCUCGACCGCUACUCCGUCCUGCCGAGCGCGCCCAGGCGUGUGACCCCCGUAUUCACAGUGCGGUUACUUGUGCAGUUGCCAUCAGGGCCGGAGAUAGCCAGCCAGGUGUUCUCGUUCGUUGGCUCGACCCUCGUGAUUCACCAACUGUCCAGGGCAAGAACGUUUUCGUCUACAAUGCCUGGGUCGAGGAAAACCGCCUUCCCAUUUGGUGCGACGAAGUUCCCGUCGGCAAGAUUGCCGCCACGCGCGACGGUGCGGUUCUUGUUAAAACUGCAGAUCACGGUAGAUUGGGUGGCUGUGGCUUAUGGAUCACCCACGUCCGUGUUCCCCUUGCCAAGGGUGUGUCGGGAGGGUUGAAUCCCAAGCUUCCAGCUGUCGACGGCCUCAGAAGUGCGGGACUCGGUGCCGCAGUUCAAAAUGCGCGCGAAUGGAAUAUUUGCGGCAAGGUUGUCCUUGAACAAGAUAGGCGUAACAGCGAGCCAGGCGUCAAGGUUGAACUUGGGUGGGAAAAACGACCGGGAACCUGGCAACAAACCUGGGUCGAAUUCGAAGAGCUUAGGGACGGUGGCAAGGCCGCAUAUGUCUACUUUGAUUACUACAACGGCGCAUUCAUGACUUAUCAAUGCGAGCAAUUAUUGCGAGCCUUGCGAUGGGCAACGCAUCCUGACCGAGGGGAUCUCAAAUUCUUGGUUCUCAUGGGUGGCUCGUAUUUCUCAAACGGAAUUGCUCUCAACACAGUUGAAGGAAGCGAAGACCCUUCUCUUGAGGGGUGGAAAAAUAUUAACGCUAUCAACGACGUGGUCGAGCUCGUCAUUUCUGACUCGUCCGAGCCCGCCAAACGUCUGGCCCAAAACAGCAAGGUCGCCGACGCAUUCAAGCCCCUCUUCGGAGGUGCAAGCUUGGCCGAGCGAGGCAUUGUUACCAUUGCGUCCGUUCGAUCGAACGUCGCGGCUGGUGGUUUUGCAGUUGCUACCGCUGCCGAUAUCGUCCUGUGCUCGGAAUCCGCUGUCAUAAACCCCCACUACCGAGGUGUCGGUCUCUAUGGCUCUGAAUUCCACACCUACUCAUUCUACGAGCGAGCUGGCGAAGAAAAGGCUCGAGAGCUAUUGCGAACUAUGCUCCCAAUGAGCGCUGUCGAAGCAUGCAAACUGGGACUCGUAGAUGAGGUCAUGAAGGGCGGCGGUGCCGAUUGCUAUGUCGGGCAGACAAAGGCCUACGUUCGCCAGUUAGCCGGUGAGCGGGCCGAUGCUAUUUCCAAGUACCGGUCCGCUCCUUGGACUCGCCCGGCAUCUGAAGAAGUUUCGGUCGUUUCGCUUACAGACCUUCUCAUUUCCAACAAGCUUGCUACCCACGCCAAGUUCACUCGCCCACUAGUGUCUUAUCGACAUGCCGAGCUGUCUCAAAUGCUACUCGACUUUUACCAUCAGACCCGUUCCAAGAGAUUCUCUGAGCGCCGCAGGGCCUUUGUGCGCAAGAUUGCACCCAAGACAACUCCGCUCCGUUUCGCUACUCACCGACGCGAGAAUGGCAAAUUGGACGAAGAAGAGACGGACGAUUUUGACGCUGCCGAAGGUUGGGUCGCUGGUGCUGGAGUCGAGUGGAGUUGGGUUGGACUCCCUCCUCCCCCGACCAGUGAAGCAUGGGAGGAGGUUUAUCCUGAAAUUUCCUCUUCGGAAAGCAAUCAGGAGCAUCAUACUCCGGAAUUGUCGGCUGCCAACAGCACGGCCUCUCUGGCGGAGCCCAUGACCAAAGCAGAGCCCCAAACACCUACGGAAACGGCCAUGAAGCCCAUGUCUGAGAGUGUGCACGCUAAGCUAUCCCCCGUGAACCUUGGGACGAAACUGAUACCUGCAAAGUUGCUGUCGGACAAAGAGGGAAGCAUGGUUCACAUCAAAAUGGGAGUCGUGCCGGAGCAGCUAGUGUCGGCGAGUAAAAGCACUUCUACCCGAAGCCGACUAUUUGUCCCAGUCCGUUCCAUUCGUCGAAAGAGUGACGCUGGAAUUCAACGGUCUCCUGCUGAUGGCUCGUUGGCUCCUCCAUCGCCUACUGGAUCCUCAAAUAGCGGGUUGCGUCGCUCGAGGUCCUCGGUUGAAGUUGGCUCCGGUGGUUCUGAACAAGACCAAUCUGGCCGUAAUCGCUCGACCAACAGGAUAUCGCGCUGGUUUGGGUCGACAUUCAAGUCUGUCAAAUCGCCUACGGCACCACGCAUGAUGCUUCCUAAGACCCCGGAGGGUACGGCGACUGCGGAUAAGGAGGGGGUUCUCUUUCCUUGCUACUACGAUAACAACAAAACCGACUGA